CACGUUGCCUUAGAAAGAAGUUUGCGUGUAAUUGUGCGUUUGGCGCGUCUCUGGCACCGAGGUCUCGUUUGCAUCGUGUGGGUGGGCUGCACGCGGCUUCCCCUGCGACCACUCCCAGCUCGUGCAGGGACUCGCGCCUUCCCCGGUGCGGAAAUGCCUCUGUACGCGGCGACUCUUCGGAUACUCUCUUCUGUUAACCUGGGGUUGACUUCUCGCUCAGUGAUCUGGCGCAGCGUGUGGGCUGAUCUUUCCACAGCCUGCAACGCGCGCACUUGGGCCCGGGAUGAAGGCCUCCGGCGCGGCUCCGCAUCCUCCCCGGCCGCGAGUUCACGCGGGUGCAGGACGCGGGCGUGAGCCGCUCCCUGGGCUGCGACUUCCUCUGUCGCCUACAAAGCCGGCGGCCGCCGCUCUGGGCAUGCUCAGUGGCCGCCCCGGAGGCCGGACGGCGAGCGCGGGCUGAGCCGAGCGGGCUGCGUGGAGUCCGCCGAGCGCAGCCGAACCCAGCCGAGGAGCCGGCAGAGCCGAGCCGAGCGGGCCGAGCGAAGCCUACGGAGCCGAGGGGCGGGAGCCGAGCGGUGCCCUGCCGAGCCGAGCGGAGCGGACGGAGCAGGAGCCCGCGCCCCGUGGGGCAGACAUGCAGAUGAUGACCAGGAACGUCCUUCUGAACAUGGAGCUGGAGGAGGACGAUGAUGAGGACGGAGAUAUCGGUGAUGAUCCUGCCUCCAGGAGGCCUUUUCUGGCUCCUCAUACUCUCCUCCCAUCCGGUCUGGUGCUGGAAAAUUUUGAACAGACGAUUGUCCCCACCUUUGGAUCACUGGAGAGUCAGCAGGACUUCCGAACUCCGGAGUUUGAAGAAUUUAAUGGAAAGCCUGACUCCCUCUUUUUUAAUGACGGCCUGCGCAGAAUCGACUUUGUUCUUGUGUAUGAAGAUGAAAGUAAAAAGGAGAACACUAAAAAGGGUUCAAAUGAAAAGCAAAAGAGAAAAAGACAAGCGUACGAAUCUAACCUCAUCUGCCAUGGCCUGCAGCUAGAAGCAACAAGAUCAGUCUCAGAUGACAAGCUUGUGUUUGUAAAGGUGCACGCGCCAUGGGAUGUGCUAUGCACCUACGCUGAGAUCAUGCACAUCAAACUGCCUCUAAAGCCCAACGACCUGAAGAUCCGCUCAACCUUCGGCACUCUGAACUGGUUCACCAAAGUCCUCCGAGUGGACGAGAGCCUCAUCAAGCCAGAGCAAGAGUUUUUCACUGCCCCAUUUGAGAAGAGCCGGAUGAACGAUUUUUACAUCCUUGAUAAAGACUCCUUCUUCAACCCAGCUACCAGAAGCCGCAUCGCUUACUUCAUCCUCUCUCGGGUCAAAUACCAAGUGAUGAACAACGUUAGCAAAUUUGGGAUCAACAGACUUGUCAGUUCUGGAAUCUACAAGGCAGCGUUCCCUCUCCAUGACUGCAGAUUCAACUAUCAGUCAGAGGACCCCAGCUGCCCUAAUGAGCGGUACCUUCUGUACAGGGAAUGGGCUCAUCCUCGAAGCAUAUACAAGAAGCAGCCCUUGGACCUUAUCAGGAAGUAUUACGGAGAGAAGAUUGGAAUCUACUUUGCUUGGCUGGGCUAUUACACUCAGAUGCUCCUGCUGGCUGCAGUGGUGGGCGUGGCCUGCUUUCUCUAUGGAUAUUUUAAUCAGGAUAACUGCACGUGGAGUAAAGAGGUCUGUGACCCUGACAUUGGUGGCCAGAUCCUGAUGUGUCCCCAGUGUGACAGGCUGUGUCCAUUCUGGAGACUGAAUAUUACCUGCGAGUCCUCCAAGAAAUUGUGCAUCUUUGACAGUUUUGGAACCCUGGUCUUUGCGGUAUUUAUGGGAGUGUGGGUUACCUUGUUUUUGGAGUUUUGGAAGCGGCGCCAGGCAGAACUGGAGUAUGAAUGGGACACCGUUGAGCUUCAGCACGAAGAACAACCCCGACCAGAAUAUGAAGCCCAGUGCACUCACGUGGUGAUCAAUGAGAUCACUCAGGAAGAAGAACGCAUCCCUUUCACUGCCUGCGGGAAAUGCAUCCGAAUGACCCUGUGUGCUAGCGCCGUCCUCUUCUGGAUCCUGCUGAUCGUCGCAUCUGUGAUUGGCAUCAUCGUCUACAGGCUGUCAGUGUUCAUUGUAUUUUCCUCAACCCUUCCCAAGAACCCCAAUGGGACAGACCCAAUUCAGAAGUACCUGACGCCACAGAUGGCUACGUCCAUCACCGCUUCCAUCAUCAGCUUCAUCAUCAUCAUGAUCCUCAACACUAUCUACGAGAAGGUGGCCAUCAUGAUCACCAACUUUGAACUCCCAAGGACGCAGACUGAUUAUGAAAACAGCCUGACCAUGAAGAUGUUUCUGUUCCAGUUUGUCAACUACUACUCUUCCUGUUUCUACAUUGCUUUCUUCAAGGGCAAGUUCGUCGGUUAUCCAGGAGACCCAGUGUAUUGGCUGGGCAAGUACAGGAAUGAGGAGUGUGAUCCAGGUGGCUGUCUCCUUGAACUGACGACCCAGCUGACAAUAAUCAUGGGCGGAAAGGCAAUCUGGAAUAACGUACAAGAAGUAUUACUUCCCUGGAUCAUGAAUCUAAUUGGACGAUACCACAGAGUUUCAGGAUCAGAAAAUAUAACCCCACGAUGGGAACAGGAUUAUCAUCUGCAGCCCAUGGGGAAGCUGGGAUUAUUUUAUGAGUAUCUUGAAAUGAUUAUUCAGUUUGGGUUCGUCACCUUAUUUGUGGCCUCUUUUCCACUGGCUCCCCUGUUGGCUCUGGUGAACAAUAUACUGGAAAUAAGAGUGGACGCCUGGAAACUGACAACCCAGUUUAGACGCAUGGUGCCAGAAAAAGCCAAGGACAUCGGCGCGUGGCAGCCCAUCAUGCAAGGAAUAGCGAUUCUGGCUGUCGUGACCAAUGCCAUGAUCAUUGCUUUCACAUCAGACAUGAUCCCCCGCCUGGUGUAUUACUGGUCCUUCUCCAUCCCUCCCUACGGGGACCACACUAGCUACACCAUGGAUGGCUACAUCAACAACACUCUCUCUGUCUUCAACAUCACCGACUUCAAAAACACAGACAAGGAAAAUCCAUACAUUGGGCUGGGCAACUAUACCAUGUGCAGCACAUCAUCUACUCUGUGAAAUUCUUCAUUUCCUAUGCAAUUCCAGAUGUAUCGAAAAUCACGAAAAGUAAGAUCAAGAGAGAGAAAUACCUGACACAAAAACUGCUUCACGAGAGCCACCUCAAAGACCUGACAACACACAUGGGGCUCAUAGCCGAGAGAGUGGGAGGCGUGGUGGAUGAGACUGUGCGACCAAAAUUAGAAUAGGAGCUUUCUGUCCCAAGAAACACUGCAAAGAAUGUAGCUCUGUCAAAAUGUAUUAUGAAUCACUAAAGAGAAUGUUGAAGUUCAAUCACUUAAGCUAAUAGGAGUCUUAACUAUUGCCAUUUACAUGGAUAUUAUUUUUCAGUUUCAGCUUGUGGUGCAGGAGCUGGAAAAUGUAAAACUUUGAUCAAGGGGGACAUAAAACUAACUACCUGGAAACCCUCAAUAUGUUCCCUUUUUGAUAUAUUAGAAUUUUAGUCAACACAGAAGAAGCCAUUCUGUGUGCUUGAAAACCACCUCUUCUCGAGCAGACCGGCUUCUUCUGGUAACUGGCUUUCUUGUCCCCAAACACCACUCUCCCUUCCUGUGACUUUACUGUCCAUUCUGCACUUUGCCAAAUCUGCCCCAGACCUGUUUUGUCCUGACAGUAUCAUCACUGAAGACCAGGCCUGCCUCUGCCUUAAUCACUUUUGAGUUAGAAAAUGCCAGCUCGGAACUGGGUUUACAUGCUGUCUUAGGUGGAGGGUAGACUCAGGAACUCUCAGUAUUUCUGUUUAUUACCACAUCACUGAGAAAGGAGACCUCUUUCAGUAAGAAGAAACAAUGUCCAUCUUCAUUUCCGCCAGCCUUUCCAUCUCAAAGAAAUACUCAUCUUGGUCUGGCAUGAAGAUAGAGGUUUUGGAGCCUUCCUUUGUUACUCCACAGUGACACCCGCCUUCAAGCAGCACACCCACAAUGCUCUGGUUCUAAUCAUUGUUGACUGCUUUUCAGAUAUUAAGGAAGUAAGAUGGAAAAGUAGGAAAAGUUACAGAUCCAAAUAAUCAUAACUCCUAUUGAUCUGGACAGUUAAUUUACCUCUUCUUGGAAUGUAUAGUUUCUUGAGAAAAUCAUAAGUGAUGAUGUUGCUAUCAGCAUAAUAGCCUAGAAAAGGUAAGCCUGUGGACUUCACACAAACUGACUUACCGAUACAGGAGGAGCGUCACUACCAAUCACCAAGCGCCUUCUAUGUGACUCACUGCGGAGCCUGUGACCUGAUGACGCUGGGCGUGAUCAGAGCAACAUGAACCACCAUCCUGAGGUCCUUGUGUGGUGGGCGUCUUUCACAGAAAUCCUGCAUGACUUUGUUUCUGCUUGCCAGAGUGACCAGUGUCCCAAAGCCACAACCACAGUGACUGGCUUCUUGGCCCCUUCCGUUCACGUUCUGCAGCUGCUAACCCGUUUGUAAUUGUGGCUUCAUUGAGACAAGAGUCCACCUGGAUUGUUGCCUAUCCAGAAAGAGACCCUGGGUUUGACCAGAGGUCCCAGGCUGCUGUCUGGCAAUCAGGCAUUUAAAGGGAGGGAUGGUGUGUCUGGAGGUGCCGGAAUGCUGAGCUCCAACCCACUGUGUGCCUCGUCCUUGGUUCGGCUUACCUGAGUUAGCUGGACCUGUUAGCACCCAGUUCUCUAGUAGGUCAGCUGGCAACCAGUUAGUGCUGGGUAAAGGGCAUCAAACCGUGCAGCAUGCUGGGGUACUGUGAAAUGUUUUGGUGCCAAGGAGCCAAACAUUGGCUCAGGGAACCCCAGCAGCCAGGAGAGAACCAUUUCAGAAACCCCUUCUGAAGGCUUGCUGCCCCAGAGCCCCUGAACUCCAGAUCACAGUUUUAAAUGACUGCCAGGAAUGGUUUGCUUUUUUUUUUAUUAAGUGUAUCAAUGUGAUUCAUCAAAGCAGUGUUUGGGGCUUUUGAGUUGCCCCAGUUGGGUCAGUGGACCGUCCUCGCUUUCUUGUUCAGAUUGAAGUCAGAGAGCACAGAACCCAUCACUUACGGUCCCAGUGUGAUACACAGACAUGACUACCUUUCCCUGAGGACAGAGGUUGUCACUCUUCACAGCCUAGACCAGGUGCCGCUCCCUGUUCCCACCCAGGCUGUUCCUGGAGGUGCACCUUAACCUCCCCUCGUACCUCCUCUCCAAAACGUGUUAUUAUUGCUUAGCAGUUGAGCAGUACUUGCUGUUUACGUCAUAGAAAAGUAAAUGUCCUUAGCUUAUCUCUUUACCUCCUUCUUUAUAUUAUACAAAGGAAUUUCUAAAGAAAAGUGAACUUAUUCAUCUACACCCCCAGCCAAGAACCCUCUUCAGAGUUUGAAAAAUGCUGCUGUGGACAGAAGGGGGGAAGAAACCCUCCAUUUCUAAAGGCUGCGAGCGUGGUGCCUGACACCACAGGAUGCUAAAAGGCUGUCGUGGUGAGCUGUGGCCCCCACGACAUCAUCCUUCCUAUGAGUCCUGGGCCAAAUCGGUGACGGAGAGGAACAGUGCACCUGCAGUGAGACCUCCCCCGUCCCUGAGGGACCCAAGGCACGACAGCGGCCUGUGAGGGAAGGCUCCGGCCCUCCACCUGUCCAGUGUUAACCACUAGAGAAGUUGUAUCCUUUUGUAAUGCCUUUGAGUUCUAAUGGAUUCAAACAGUAAGACCAAAUACUCAGGGGUUUUUCUUUAAACAUCCCUCAAAUAUUUUAGCUAUUUCAUUAGAAAUGGAAAGCCAUAAUCUGUUAAAACUAAAUAAGGCCGUUUGGUAACAUUUGUGAAGUUCCCCUUUAUGGUCUUGAGUUUCAUAGGACAGUAACUCACAAUGGGGCGGAGUGUGACGUGUUGGUGGAACAUUUCUUGUGCUGUUUCUUAUGUUCCUAUUAUGUUUGAAAAGUGAAAACGUAUGAGCAGCUUAGCUAAGGUGAAAUGUAUGAUGCUUUUCGUACACUGUGGCGUCAGAUGUAAAGUUUGUCAUUAGUGUUUGUUAAUUUCUAUGCAUUUUAAUAUUUUAUAAUUAUGAGCAUUUUAAUAAAUUCAUUUUUACAAACUAUAA